UAGAGGCCGGUUGCCAUCGCAAUGACACCGACUCAGUGACAACUCAGUAUCUGGAAUUUCAGAGGAACAUAGACCUCAAAAUAAAAGAAUGAAAAUUUGAUAAUUUUUACAUUUCCUGGCUACGUUGAUUUAUAUGCGUUGUGUGAGAGAUAUCACCUUUGCAAUAACAUAGCCAGGUUUUGGCUUGUCUGGGCGAAAUGGCUGAGUUUGGCUUCAACGAGCACCACCAGAACGAGGUGAUCAACUACAUGCGCUUUGCUCGCUCCAAGAGAGUUCUGAGACUCAAGACCAUCGACUCCUGUUUCCAGGACCUCAAGGACAGCAGACUGGUGGAGGAGACAUUCACGGUGGAUGAAGUGACAGAGAUGCUGGAGGGCCUACAGGUGGUGGUUCGGGGGGAGGUGGAGACGGAGCUCAUUAACACGGCCCACACCAACGUGCUGCUGCUGCGUCAGCUCUUCUCCCAGGCCGAGAAGUUCUACCUCAAGCUGCAGACAGAUGUCUCUGAGCUGGAGAACAGGGAACUGUUGGAACAAGUUGCAGAGUUUGAAAAGACAGAGUUUCAAACCACUGGGACGAAGGCAAACCCAGAGUCCAACAAGCCCAAGUUAGCCCCUUUAAAUGAAGGUGGGGUAUCUGAACUACUAAAUAAGGAGAUUGCCAGACUGCAAGAGGAAAAUGACAGGCUCAGAGCCAGACUCCGGACAUUAGAAUCACAGGCUACCAGUGCUUUAGAUGAGAAAUCCAAGGCAGAGAAGGCCUUGCAAGACCUACAGAAGAUCCAGGGAGACCAGCAGCCGCCGGUGCAGUUGGCGGACGUCAGCGGCCUGGAGGACACGGUAACGGCCCUGAAGGCCGACUUGGAGAAGUCCCUGAGCACCAGUGCCGCAUCCCAGAAGGACCUGCAGGACAACCUGGUCACUGCCAAGCAUGACCUGCUGCGGGUUCAGGAGCAGCUGUCGCUGGCCGAGAAGGAGCUAGAGAAGAAGUUCCAGCAGACCGCCGCCUACCGCAACAUGAAGGAGAUCCUCACCAAAAAGAACGAGCAGAUCAAGGACCUCAGAAAGCGGGUGAACAAGUAUGAACCAGAUGAAUAAACGUCAGGUGAAUUACCUGCCCUGUGAUGCGCACAGAAGGGAUAAUGUGGCUCAAAUAUAAUAUAUGUGGGAUAUGUGGCUGCGGUCACAGACCGGAAAGCAGUGGGAGGGGCUUCGCUCUUGAAAAACCAGAUUCGACUCUUGCAAAUGACCCUGCUUUGGAAAAAAAGACACACUUCCGAAAAGGGAACUUACACUAGCGUAGCUCCAUCAGUUCAAGGGUAGCUGAGCUCUGGCUGCAUGGUCCAUAUCGGCCCAUAACAGGUUUUACAGUCAUUAGAACUGGCUUUCGGACUCUGGCUAUUUAGAGUAGUGCAGUACCACUGAAUAUUUGCCUGGGCUGCUCAUUCCUGACUGUGGAUCCAAGCUUUGGAUUCCAAUAUUAACAAGUACUUGAGUUACAUCAGUAAUAUUUUGAUCCUUGUCUAGAUUUUGAAUGACACCUUUACACUUUCUUUUGCCUCAGGAUUCACACUCUUUUGUAACCCACUCUGGAAAGAUGUUGGUAAUUUACUGAAUUGUGGUAAUCCUGAAUACCUACUGGCGUCCUCCUGAAAUGUGGAUAUUUUUAUGGCAUUAAGUCAAAAAUUUCUAUGAUUAUAUAAUACAAUUUUUCUAUCUAUUGAUAUUUGUACAUCCCUGUGUGUGUAAGCAGAAUCCAUAGUGGAUUUUACUUAUCAACACUGCUUAAUUUUUGCAAGUGCCGUGGUUUAGUCUUUCCUUCAGCAUCAUAAGAAAGAGGUAACAUGACACUACUGUCAUGGCUUCUGAUGUUUGCUGUGGCAGAUGUUGGGUGCUUAGGAAAAUGUGACAUUAAUUUUAAUGUGGCGAAGUCUGUGUAAUGCACUGCAGGGAAUGGAGAAAUAAAUGCUAAUGAGAUGAAAUUAA